AUGGCGAUCUCCUUACCUGUAGCCGGCGGGGGUCUCCAGGGUCUUCUGCUCCAACUGCACGGGACCCUGCAGAGCCCAGACCCUGCCAGUGCCGCUCUUCAUGGACACAGCCUGAUCCGUUCCAUGGCGGAGACGUGUGUGACCAGCAGCGGGGAUGUCGCUCGUGCUUUACAGACUUCACUGGUCUUUUCUAAAGAGGAUGGGUUACUUGCAUUUAUCCAUAAAUCACUGAGCACAGAAGAAUUUCGUGAAUGCAGAGAAGAAAUAUUAAAGUUUCUUUGUGCUUUUCUGGAAAAGAUUGGGGAGAAAAUUCACCUUUAUGCACAUGAUGUAAAGCGAACAUGCAUUAUUGUUUAUACAAAGGAUAAAUCGGCAAAAUGCAGAAUCCCAGCCCUAGAGCUACUGAUUAAGCUGCUUCAGAAUGUACGGUCAGCUUGUGUGAUGGAAGACAUGAAAGUUGGAGAAAUCUUUAACAAAUUCUAUGGUGAACUUGCUGUAAAAAGUAAAGUUCCAGAUACAGUGUUGGAAAGGAUUUAUGAGCUCCUUGGAGUCUUGGGAGAAGUCCAACCUAGUGAUAUGCUUGAAAACUCUGAAAAAUUAUUCCGAGCUUAUUUGGGUGAACUCAAAACACAGAUGACAUCUUCAACAAGAGAGCCCAAGUUCCCAGUAGUAGCGGGGUGUUUGAAAGGGCUGACUGCACUGAUGUAUAACUUCACAAAGUCCAUGGAUGAAGAUCCACAGACUUCAAAGGAGAUCUUUGAUUUUGCAGUGAAGGCAAUAAAUCCACAGGUUGACUUGAAGAGAUAUGCAGUGCCUCUGGCUGGUCUACAUUUGUUUAGUGUGCAUGCUGUUCAGUUUAGUACCUGCCUUCUGGACAACUAUGUCUCACUGUUUGAAGUGAUGUCUAAAUGGUGUGGCCAUCAGAAUGCAGAACUGCGGAAAGUUAGCAAUUCAGCUCUAGAUGCAUUUCUUAAACAGGUCUCUGAAAUGGUUGCCAAGGAUGCAGAAAUGCACAAGAGCAAGCUGAACUACUUCAUGAAACAAUUUUAUAGUAUUAUCAGAAAGAUGGACUCCAGCAACAAGGAACUCUCCAUUGCUAUUCGUGGAUAUGGCCUUUUUGCAGCACCAUGCAAAGCUAUCAAUUCUAAGGAUGUCGACUUCAUGUAUGUUGAGCUCCUUCAGCGCUGCAAGCAAAUGUAUCUCACUGAGGCAGAAACCAUGGAUGACCAUGUAUAUCAGCUACCAAGCUUCCUUCAAUCCAUUGCAAGUGUCAUAUUCCACUUAGAUACUAUUCCUGAAGUAUACUCUCCAGUUCUUGAACGCCUGAUUGUGGUGCAGAUUGAUAGUUUCCCACAAUACAGCAUAAAAAUGCAAUCUACAUGUCACAAAUCCAUUGUAAAGGUUUUUUUAGCCCUUGCCAGCAAAGGCCCUGUAUUGUGGAGUAUUAUGAGCACUGUGGUGCAUCAAGGUCUGAUCAGAGUCUGUUCUAAACCACUUGCCUUUUUAAGGGAAAAUUCUGGAACAGGUGUUUCUGCAUCAGAGGAGCAUCCUGCCUCUGGAGAAGUUAGGUCUGGGAAGUGGAAAGUGCCUACAUAUAAAGAUUACCUGGAUCUUUUUAGAAGUUUACUGAGUUGUGAUACAAUGAAGGACUCUCUGUUGGCAGAUGAAACUUGUCUAAUGGCAAAUUCACCACUACAGUCUCUAAGUCGUUUGUUGUAUGAUGAGCUCAUAAAGUCAAUCCUAAAAAUAAUUGAGAAGUUGGAACUUACAGUUCAGAAACAGAAUGUUAACGACGCAAAGGAUGCAAAUGAAGCUGAUGCUGAUCUCACAAUUCCUACUUCUGAUCCAGCCGCAAACCUUCAUCCUACCAAGCCUAAAGAUUUUACAGCAUUCAUCAACCUAGUAGAGUUUUGCAGAGAGAUCCUUCCAGAGAAGCAUAUUGAAUAUUUUGAACCAUGGGUGUAUUCCUUUGGUUAUGAACUGAUCAUACAGUCAACACGUUCACCUUUUAUUAGUGGAUUCUACAAGCUACUUUCCAUUGCCAUGAAAAUUGCUAAGAAAAUAAAAUAUUUUGAGGGUGUUGCUCCAAAAAGUAAAAAAAAGUGUCCUGAAAAUCCUGAGAAGAGUUCCUGCUUUGCAUUAUUUGCAAAAUUUGGAAAAGAGGUAACAGCAAAGAUGAAGCAAUACAAAGAUGAACUUUUAGCAUCAUGUCUGAUCUUUGUGCUUUCCUUGCCACAUGACAUCAUCAUGCUGGACAUCAAGGCAUAUAUUCCUGCUUUGCAGAAUGCUUUCAAGCUGGGACUCAGCUAUACACCAAUGGCUGAGGUGGCACUGGAUGCUCUGGAGGACUGGUCAGCUCACAUUCCUAGAUACACAAUGCAGCCUUAUUACAAAGAUAUCUUGCCUUGCCUUGAUGGUUAUUUGAAAACUUCUACAUCAACAGAUGACUCUCAGAACAACUGGGAAGUGAAGAAACUUUCACAGGCUGUCCAGAAGGGGUCUAACAAAGUCGUGAUACAGCGUCUGAAGAAAGCAAAGAGUCUUGCACUGGAAGAGGAUCAUUCACUGGAAGCCAUAAGAAUGAGAGUGGCCUGCCUUCUUGGAUCUCUGGGAGGACAGAUCAAUAGGAAUUUAGUUACAGCUGCUUCUGCGGAGGAGAGGAUGAAGAAAUUUGUGUCUUGGGACACAGAGAAGCACCUGAGCUUUGCAGUACCAUUUGCUGAUAUGAAGCCUGUUAUCUACUUGGACGUAUUCUUGCCUCGUGUCACUGAAUUGGCUCUUUCUGCUAGUGACAGGCAGACAAAGGUUGCAGCCUGUGAACUUUUACAUAGCAUGGUUAUGUACGUGCUGGGGAAGGCGGCUCAAAUACCUGAAGGACAAGAAGUCUCCCAGCCAAUGUCUCAUCUGUAUAAGCGUACAUUUCCUAUUCUACUGCGACUUGCCUGUGAUGUAGACCAGGUUACAAGGCAACUCUAUGAACCUCUGGUUAUGCAGUUAAUUCACUGGUUCACCACCAACAAAAAGUUUGAAAGUCAAGACACUGUGACAUUACUAGAAGCUAUUUUGGAUGGGAUAGUGGAUCCUGUGGACAGCCCAUUGAGGGACUUUUGUGGUCGUUGUGUCCGAGAAUUUUUAAAAUGGUCCAUCAAACAGACAACGCCACAGCAGCAAGAGAGAAGUCCUGUGAACACCAAGUCUCUCUUCAAGAGGCUGUAUAGCUUUGCUCUCCAUCCCAAUGCUUUUAAGCGGUUAGGAGCUGCACUUGCUUUUAAUAGCAUCUACAGAGAAUUUAGGGAAGAGAAUGCUCUGGUGGACCAGUUUGUCUUUGAAGCAUUGGUUUUGUACUUGGAAAGUCUGGCCUUGACACAUGGAGAUGAGAAAUCUUUGGGUACAACUCAACAGUGUUGUGAUGCAGUUGAUCACCUGAAGCGAAUAAUUAAGCACAAAGCAUCUACUUUGAACAAAGAAAGCCAGCGGCGAUUACCUCGGGGAUUUCCACCUGCUAAAUCUAUAUGUUUAGAAGAUAUUGUCAUGUGGCUUUUUCUGCAAUGUGGACGACCCCAAACUGAGUGUCGGCAUAAAGCCAUGGAACUUUUCUUUGAAUUUAUUCCACUGCUACCAGGAAGCAAGUCUCCAUCUUUAUGGCUGGAUGAUAUCCUUCGGAAACAAGAAAUCUCUUUUCUCAUAAAGAAAUUUGAAGGAGGUGGCGAUGAGGGUAAAAGUGUGUCUGGAAUCUUGUCUCAUCCGACUCUUUCUGGUCUACAAGAUAAUUUUAGUUUACGAGCUGUUGUACAGUGGAUGGAUAUGCUUCUGGCGGCUUUGGACUGCUACAAUACUUUUAUUGAGCAAGGAAUGAUCAAACCAAAUGAAAUAGUAGCUACAAAUACUGAAUCCUCAUUUAUGACAUCAGUGGAGUUCUUCCUUGAAAAACUUGCCUUGAAGGAUGUCUCCGGUGCAGAACAAUGUUUUAACACUGCGUCAAAAGGCAACAUCUUCAGCCCACAAGAAAAAGAAGAUUACAAUUACAGCAAAUGCACAAUUAUAGUUCGUAUUAUGGUUUUCGUUAGCAUGAUUUUGGAAACCUGUCAACAAGAUUUCUGGAAGCUUCUGGAGAGAGAGUUGCUUAACAAAAAUCUGAUAGAACUCACUGUAAGAACAGUAUGUGAUCCUAAAAGCAUAGGCUUUAACACCGCUGAUGUGCAAGUAAUGGAAAAGCUCCCCGAUAUCUGCGUAAGGCUUAUAAAAGCUUUGAUGAGAUCUCCCUAUAAAGAAUCUUUAGUGACCAGCAUGAAGAAAGUAAUAACUCCAGAGAGUAUUGAAGAGUUUUAUGGUGUUGAGCUGUACAAUCCAGAUUCUCGUUUGGAUCAUGUUAGACUUGGUGCCAUUCUGUCUGCAUGCAAACAGCUGCACAGAGUUGGACUGCUUCACUGCACCUUGCAAUCUCAGGGUGUAGGUCUACAUUGCGAGGCUGGUUCUAAGCUCCUUUUAGUUAUAUACAAAGGUAUUGCACCAGGAGAUGAAAGGAAGUCCCUCCCCUCAUUGGACAUGAGCAGUAAACGACUGGCUGAAGGACUAUUACAGCUGGCAUUUGCUUUUGGUGUACAGUGCAAGGAACUUGUGAGUCUCUUGUUGAACUCAUUGAUGUUAUCUGUGCCAUUAUCUGGAGUAUCGCAAAGGAACCUUAUCAGCUUUUCUCACGGAGAGUAUUUCUACAGCUUGUUCUCAGACACCAUUAACAGAGAGUUGCUGAAAAACCUGGACGUAGCAGUACUUCAUCUUUUGAAAUCAUCUCUAGACAGCCCCAAAAUGGUUGGUACUAUCUUGAAUGGCAUGUUAGACCAAAGCUUUAGAGAUCGUGCUGUUCACAAGCAACAGGGUGUGAAAUUAGUGAAUGCUAUACUGAAGAACUGGGUACAUCUUGACAACUGGAGGACCAGAGAUUCAGCUCCUGAGAGCAAAAUGGCUGUUUUGACUCUACUGGCUAAAGUUCUCCAAAUUGACUCGUCUGUGUCAUUUAGUACACAACAUGAGGCAUUUUCUGAUGUUUUUAAUACAUACACAAGUCUACUUACUGACCAGAAUUUAGGUUUAAAUCUUAAGAGCCAAGCAGUCAUUAUUCUUCCAUUCUUUACUAAUCUUGUUGGAGAAAGACUUGUGGACCUUAAGAAUGUACUUGACCAAUUUGUAGCAUUUAAUUUCCCCUUGAGAUCUAAUGAGUUUCCUAAAGGAACCUUAAGGUACAACAACUUUGUGGACUGCACUAAAAAAUUUCUAGAUGCACUGGAACUAUCCCAGAGUCCUAUGUUGUUGCAGUUGAUGACAGAAAUCCUUUGCAGGGACCAUAGACACAUAAUGGAGGAACAAUUUGAAAUCAGCUUCAUAAGAAUAGCCAGAAGGGGUAGCUGUUACAAACAAGUGGUGUUGCUCGACACUGUUCACAAAAUGUUUCAGAGUGAAACUCUUCUUUCAAGUGCAACCCGUCAAGCUUAUGUUGAUCGCUCGCUUCUCACUCUAUUGCUACAUUGCAGCACAGAUGCUCUGGAUGAUUUUUUUUGUAAGAUUAUUGUGGAGGCCAUGGACUCACUGACAUCAAGAUUUACCAAGUCAAAUGAAACUAUGUUUGAUACACAGCUCACCAAGAAAAUGAGCUACUACAAGAUUUUGGAAGUGAUGUAUUCACGUCUUUCAAAAGAGGAUGUGUAUUCUAAAGAUUCUAGAAUUAACCAAGCCUUUCUGCGUUCCACCUGUGUAGAAGGAAAUGAACUUACAAAGACAUUGAUCAAGUCAUGCUAUGAUGCCUUUACAGAAAACAUGACGGGUGAAACUCAGCUGCUGGAAAAGAGGAGACAGUACCAUUGUGCUGCAUAUAAUUGUGCCAUUGCUGUUAUUAGCUGUGUGUUCAAUGAAAGCAAAUUCUACCAAGGCUUUCUUUUCACAGAAAAACCAGAUAAGAAUCUAUUAAUUUUUGAAAACUUGUUGGAUUUGCAACAUCGUUAUUCAUUUCCAAUAGAAGUUGAGGUUCCUCUGGAAAGGAAGAAACGAUAUAUUGCCAUUAGGAAAGAUGCCAGGGAAGCAAUGAGUGUGGAUUCAGCUGAGCCACACUAUUUAGCUUCUGCGUCAUAUAUGGCAGACAGUAGCCUGAGCGAGGAAAUGAGCCAAUUUGACUUCUCAACUGGAGUGCAGAGUUUUUCAUAUAACUCUCAAGACCCUACUGCUUCUGCUUCUCACUUCAGGAGAAAGGAGCCCACAGAAUCUAUGGGUCUGGGUGACAUUAUGGAAUUAGAAAUGGAUGAGCUCAACCAGCAUGAGUGCAUGGCCUCUAUGACAACCCUGAUCAAGCACAUGCACAGAAAUAAUAUCACACCCACAGUAGAAAAGGGUGCAGUUUUGCCUGAUCUCCCCCCAUGGAUGAAGUUCCUACAUAGCAAACUGGGGAAUCCGUCUGUACCACUAAACAUUCGCCUCUUUGUGGCCAAACUAAUUGUGAAUACGGAAGAAGUUUUCCAGCCAUAUGCAAAGCAGUUUUUAGGCCCCUUGUUGCAGUUGAUUGUUUCUGGAGAUAAUGGCGGAGAGGGAAUUCAUUACAUGGUGGUGGAAAUAGUGGUCACUUUGCUGUCCUGGACUAGUAUUGCUACUCCAAAAGAAAACAUUAAGGAUGAAAUCCUUGCAAACAGGUUGCUUGAGUACUUGAUGAAGAAUGCAUUUCAUCAGAAAAGAGCAGUGUUCAGACAUAAUCUGGAAAUUAUAAAGACAGUAGUAGAGUGCUGGAAGGACUGUCUCAGCAUACCUUACAGGAUAAUAUUUGAACGGUUUUCUGGUGGAGAUCCGAAUACAAAAGACAACUCAGUGGGAAUUCAGUUAUUAGGAAUUGUUCUUGCUAAUAACUUGCCUCCCUAUGAUCCAAAGUGUGAAAUAGAUAAUGUGAGAUACUUCCAAGCUCUGGCUAACAAUAUGGCCUUGGUAAGAUACAAGGAGGUAUAUGCAGCUGCAGCAGAAGUCCUGGGACUCGUUCUUCAAUAUAUUGCUGAAAAGGAAAAUAUAUAUGAAAGUCCAGUUUUCGACAUCAUCAUAAAGCAAUUAAAGCAACAUCAAAAUACUAGGGAAGACAAAUUUAUUAUCUGCCUGAAUAAACUGGCAAAGAACUUUCCUCCUCUUGCAGAUAGGUUUAUGAAUACAGUCUUCUUCUUAAUACCAAAGCUUCAUGGGGUGAUGAAAACCUACUGUCUGGAAGUGGUAAUGGGCCGUGCCCAUGGAAUACCCAGUUUGUACUUAGAGCUGAAGAGUAAAGAUUUUACCCAAAUUAUGAGUCACAGAGAUGAUGAAAGGCAAACAGUAUGUUUAGACAUAGUUUACAAGAUGUUAGCUAAGCUAACACCAGCUGAAGUACAAGAGCUUCUUCCUACAGUCACAGGCUUCAUCACUCAUCCUUCACCACUGUGUCGGGGGCGGAUGUAUGACAUUCUCAUGUGGAUAUAUGAUAAUUACAGGGAUCCUGAAAGCCAGGCAGAUGAAAAGUCUUCAGAGGUAUUCAAAUUGGCAAAAGAAGUUCUCCUUCAAGGACUGAUUGAUGAGAAUUCUGGACUACAAUUAAUUGUUAGGAAUUUUUGGGGUGAUGAAACUCGGUUACCAGGAAACACCCUUGAUCGUAUGUUGACUUUAUUAAGUUCUCUAUACUCCACCAAAACUGAAACUCAGUACUUGAGUUUAGUCACCAAUUUUCUACUUGAAAUGACCAGCAAGAGUCCAGAUUAUUCCAGGAAAAUGUUUGAAUAUCCACUGUCUGAAUGCAAAUUUCAAGAAUUUGCAGUUGAUUCAAGUUGGCGUUUCCGUAGUACUGUUCUUACUCCUAUGUUUGUGGAAACUCAAGCUUCCCAGAACCCCAGCAGGCAUCGACCACCAGGAGGUUCCCUUUUGACUCAUGGGUCCAUGGGUGGCCAACUAAGGGCUACACAGCAACAGUAUGAAUUUACACCCACACAAACUAUCGGUGGGAGGAGCUCUUUUAACUGGCUGUUAGGAAACAGUGUUGACACCUUUGCAGAAUAUUCAGUUACUUCAUCUUCUGAAUCCUUGUCUUCAUCCAUGUUGCUCACCCACAAGCAUGCUGACAGGUCGCAGAGAGCUGCUUUCAAACCGUUAGGUCCCAAUUUUGGGGAAAAAAGACUGGGCUUGCCAGGAGAUGAGGUGGAUAGCAAAACUAAAGGUAUAGACGAGCGGGCAGAAAUUCUGAGGCUACGAAGACGCUUCUUAAAGGACCAAGAAAAGCUGAGUCUGAUUUAUGCAAGGAAAGGUGUUGCUGAACUGAAACAAGAAAAGGAACUGAAAACUGAGCUGAAAAUGAAGCACGAUGCUCAGGUCACUCUGUAUAGGAGGUACAGGCAAGGGGAUCUCCCCGACAUCCAGAUUGAAUAUAGCAGUCUGAUCACUCCUCUGCAAGGCUUAGCACAGAGAGACUCUACACUGGCCAAAGUGCUCUUCAGCAGUUUGUUUGCUGGAAUUUUGGAAGAAAUGAGAAAAUCUAAAUCUCAGUCAGAGAAGAAUAGCAUCAUCCAACAGCUGGUGCAGGACUUCAAUUGCUUCCUGACCACAUCUGUGUUGUAUUUCCCACCAUUCAUCGCCUGCGUCCAGGAAAUGAGUUAUCAGCACAAAGAGCUGCUGGACCUGAACCCUUCCAGUGUGAGUACCAGCUGCUUAGCGAGUUUACAGCAAUCUGUGGGUAUCCUGCUUCUUGAGCAAGCUUUAGUUCACCUUUCUUCUGAAGAGGAGGAACCACCUGCUAAAAGAAUGCGUGGAAAGACAGAUCUUUCUCCAGAUGUCAUUCGAUGGAUUGAACUAGCCAAGCUUUAUCGAUCUGUUGGAGAUUACGAUGUCCUGCGGGGUAUCUUUAGUGGAAGAAUUGGUACUAAAGAAGUCACUCAGAAGGCCUUAUUAGCAGAAGCAAACAGUGAUUAUGCUGAGGCAGCUAAACAAUAUGAUGAGGCACUUUCUAAGCAAGACUGGCCUGAUGAGGAACCAAUAGAAGCAGAAAAGGAUUUUUGGGAAUUUGCUUCUCUUGAGUGUUACGACCAUCUGACAGAAUGGAAAUCUUUGGAAUAUUGUUCCACUGUUAACAUUGAUGAUAAACAGCCCCCAGACCUAAAUAAAACUUGGAGCAAUCCAUUUUAUCAGGAAACCUAUCUACCAUAUAUAAUUCGCAGCAAGCUAAAACUGCUCCUUCAUGGUGGUGAUGACCAGUCCUUGUUGACAUUUAUUGAUGAAGCUAUGAAGACAGAACAGAAGAAAGCUUUGAUAGAAAUGUACUACAGUCAAGAGCUGAGUCUUCUCUACAUUUUGCAGGAUGAUUUUGAUAGAGCCAAAUACUACAUUAGUAAUGCCAUGCAGGUGUUCAUGCAGAACUAUUCCAGUAUUGAUUCAGUGUUACAUCAGAGUCGACUUACCAAGCUGCAGUCAAUUCAGACUUUAACUGAAAUACAGGGUUUUGUCAACUUUAUAAGCAGAUCAGGUAAUAUAGCUUCUCAGGCAUCCCUGAAGAGACUUAUCAGUAUUUGGAUGAGCAGAUAUCCAGAUUCCAAAAUGGAUCCUAUGAACAUUUGGGAUGAUAUCAUUACAAACAGAUGUUUCUUUCUUAACAAAAUUCAGGAGCGACUUCCUAAUACCCACUUGGAAGACAGUAUGGAAGUAGAUGGAGGAGGAGAUGCUAAUGACAACAUAGAAGGGGGCAAUGAGAAGGAAGACAUACAUUCCAUGAUUAGAAACUGCAAAUUUAGCAUGAAGAUGAAGAUGAUAGAAAGUGCUAGGAAACAGAACAGCUUCUCGGUAGCCAUUAAACUUCUUAAGGACCUGCACAGAGAUUCUAAGACCAGAGAAGACUGGCUGGUGAGAUGGAACCACAGCUACUGCCGCUUCAGUCACAGUCGCAGCCGGAGCCAGAGUAAUCCUGAACAAAUCCUUACAGUACUCAAAACAGUUUCACUACUAGAUGAAGCCAGCUCUGGCACCCUGAGCAAGGACAGGCUAGCCUUCCGGAACCAGAAUCUUCUCCUGGGCACCACUUUCCACAUUAUGGCCAAUGCCCUUUCCAAGGAUCCAAGAUGUCUUGAGCAGAUUGUGGAAGAAAAAGCAAGAAAAGUCUUAGUGCUUUCAGGAGAAAAGACUGAUGAUAUUGGAAAGGUUAUAGCAGGUUUGAACACAAGGGCAUUCCAGUGUUUCAGCAGUGCAGUGAGGAAAGCUGAAGAAGAAAUUCAGUCCCUCUCUUUUGACCAUAUAAACACAAAGAGCAUCAUUGAUGCUUAUAUGAUAUUGGCUAAUUUCUGUGACACUCAUCUCCGUAAGAAAGAAGAAGGCUCAGCAGAUAUAAAUGCUGUGGAUUUGCAGAUGUUCCCUGCCAUUGUAGUGGAAAAAGUCAUCAAAGCUUUAAAACUGGAUUCAAAAGAAGCUAGACUAAAGUUUCCCAGGUUACUGCAAAUCGUAGAGAAAUACCCAACAGAGACCUUGGGCCUCAUGGCACAGGAGAUCUCUUCAGUUCCCUGUUGGCAGUUCAUUGGCUGGAUCAGCCAGCUGAUGGCAAUGCUUGAUAAGGAGGAAGCACUUGCUGUGCAGUAUACAGUGGAAGAAAUUGCUAACAGUUACCCACAGGCAAUAGUGUAUCCCUUCAUGAUCAGCAGUGAAAGCUUUUCUUUCCAAGAUACCAUAAUUGGCCAUAAGAAUAAGGAGUUUGUAGCAAGGGUGAAGAGCAAAUUGGACAGAGAAGGAGUGGUGCAAGAGUUCGUCCAGGCUUUAGAGCAGCUUUCCAAUCCUGUAAUGCUGUUCAAGGACUGGACUGAUGAUAUGAAAAAUGAGCUGGGGAAAACAAAGAGAAAUAAAGAGAACAUUCUGAAAUUAUAUGAUGGAAUGUACCAGAACUUGGGAAAUGUACAUGCUUCAGGUCUUGGCUUAUUCCGAAAACGAUUUAUUGAGAAAUUUGGGAAGGAAUUUGACAGUCAUUUUGGAAAAAGAGGUUCCAAGCUGCUAGAUAUGAAAGCCAGUGGAUUUAACACCAUUGCAGAUUCUCUCCUCCUGAAAAUGAAGGAAUGUCAUCAAGAACCUGGGAAUCUGAAAGAGUGCUCACCUUGGAUGAGUGAAUUCAAACCAGAAUUCUUGAAGCAUGAGCUGGAAAUUCCUGGUCAGUAUGAUGGUAAAGGAAAGCCAUUGCCAGAAUACCAUGCAAAAAUUGCAGGAUUUGAUGAAAGGAUAAAAGUCAUGCUAUCCAUCCGGAAACCAAAGCGUAUAAUUAUCAGAGGCAGUGAUGAGCGGGAGUAUCCCUUCCUUGUGAAAGGAGGAGAAGAUCUCCGGCAAGACCAGCGUAUUGAGCAGCUCUUUGAUGUCAUGAAUACUGUCCUUUUGCAGGAUGCGGCUUGCAGCCAAAGAAGCAUGCAGCUAAAGACUUACCAAGUCAUACCAAUGACCACUAGGCUAGGGCUGAUUGAAUGGCUUGGGAAUACCUGUACACUAAAGGAAUUUCUUCUACAAAAUAUGUCUGAGCAGGAAAAAAAUGAUUAUAACAGCUCCAAAGGUCCUCGUGCUGAUUACAAUGAGUGGCUCUCCAAGAUGGGGGACAGGAAUGCAGGACUUGUAAACUAUGUAUCUAUGUACAAAAAAGCUAGUCGUAUAGAGACAGUGACAUCUUUCCAACAACGGGAAAACCUUGUGCCUGAAGACCUGCUAAGGAGGGCGUUUGUUAAGAUGAGCACAACUCCAGAGGCCUUUCUGUCUCUGCGAUCCCAUUUUGCCAGCUCUCAUGCAUUGAUGUGUAUCAGCCACUGGAUUCUUGGUAUUGGAGAUAGGCAUUUGUCCAACUUCAUGGUCAACAUGGAGACGGGUGGCAUGGUGGGAAUAGACUUUGGACAUGCAUUUGGUUCCGCUACACAGUUUCUGCCUGUGCCAGAGCUGAUGCCCUUCCGUUUGACGCGCCAGUUCAUUAAUUUGAUGUUGCCUAUGAAGGAAACCGGCCUUAUUUACAGUGUGAUGGUGCAUUCCUUAAAAGCCUACCGUGUAUAUCCAGACCUUCUCAUUAAUACAAUGGAUAUAUUUGUGAAGGAGCCUUCCUUAGAUUGGAAAAAUUUUGAACUCAAACAGUUGAAAAAAGGUGGAACAUGGACUAAAGACAUAAAUAUGGAUGAAGUGAAUUGGUAUCCCCUCCAAAAAGUAAAUUUUGCAAGAAGAAAAUUAGCUGGUGCCAAUCCAGCUGUGAUCACCAGUGAUGAAUUGCGGCUGGGCCACGAAAAAUCAUCUGCCUACAGAUAUUAUGUAUCUGUAGCACGAGGGAGCAAAGAACAUAAUAUCCGAGCCAAAGAGGCAGAAGAUGGUCUUUCAGAAGAAAUACAGGUGAAGUGCCUUAUAGACCAAGCCACAGACUCAAAUAUCCUGGGCAGAGUUUGGGAAGGAUGGGAGCCCUGGAUGUGAAAGAUAAAAUGCAAUCAAAAUUAUAUUCCAUUAUAUCAAAGGCUGUGCAGUCAGGACAUCACCACCUGGGGUAUGAAGAACAAUUGGAUUGUGUAUUAUUUACACAACAAUAAGCAUUUGUGUAUGCAGUGCAAGUUGUGUGAUGCAGCAAAAGAACUGAGUCUUCUUUUGACAAUCAUCAGUUCUUGCAACUGUUAUUUAGGAUGGGUGCAGGGAAAUGGUCUAUUCUGUAUACAAGAGCACUGGAAAGUAAAACAUGAAAAUAGUGCAUUAAGGGUAAAAUGGGGAAGCAUGAAAACAUGAUACGUAGGACUCAACAAUUCUGCAUUCUAUUGCUGAUGUUUAUGGAGGGUGGGGAACAAACUAUUUCACAAAAUUAGUAGAAUUAUCCAGUAAGAACUGAAUAGUAAGAAUUAUCCAGUAAGAAUUGAAUAUAAUAAUAAAUAAAUAGUUCAUUUACUAGGUAUAAAAGUAUCAAGAACUCCACAGUGCAGUUCAGAGUAAAUACUAUAAUGUUCACUUAUUAUCUGUGGUACUAUGAGCUGGUGAGACAGUACUGCUUAUGAAAGUCAUCUGUACAGUUGGAAGUAUGAACUCAUGUGAGAUUGCCCCCACCAGGAGAAUGCAAGCUUUCCCAGUUACAGAGAAGCUACAAUAAUAUGCAAGUUCACUCUUCCAGUUUGACACCGCUCCUCUUAGAUGAGUCACAUAAGUUUGUUUAGUUUAAUUUACUGCAGUAGUAUCUGCAUCACCACUCUUUCUGAGUUAAGAUGCAAGUUGCGCUAAAUGAGCAGUAAGUAAAUCCUAAAUUCAGUAAGUAAAACAGUAGUAAGUAAAUCCUAAAUUCUAAUUGGCUGCAAAAAUUUGGUCUCACACGUUUUCUUUCUGUUGCCAGUGAAGUGGUAUGGAACCAACCUAGCUGAAAAUAGCAAAGUAGUUUACUGCAGUCAAUCAGGUGCUUUGGCACCGCUUCUCUCGUUCCAGAUUUUGAACUGGAGAGAGAAGACAGCAAUGGGAGUGGUUUUGUGUAAACUGUGCCUCUAUAAUAUCAGAGAGUAUUAAGGAAUGUUCUCGGAGAUGUUACUAAACUUGUUCAGAAAAAUCAUCCAUUGAUUGAAUGACUUCUGUACAGAACUGCAAAAAA